AUGUUCAUUUGUCAAAAAUCUGGGUUCGCGGCCGAUCGCCGUCGCCAUACGCGAUUGCUGACACGCCGUUGCCUCAUUGCUACGACAACGGCUUGCUUGUAUCUAGGCGUUUUGCUUGCCGAUACCAUCUUGAUUCCCAUUGCAGCGUGUGUACUGUGGCGGCUUGCCCAUACGCGUCCGAUUGUACAACCUGGUCAAUUACUUCACUUCUUACAUCGCGGUCUUCUUUAUACGGAAGCGGAGCGCCAUGUCCAGAAAUUAAGAAGCAUCACAGAGGCAAGUCCCUCGGGCGCAAACGACAAUCCUUCCCCAUCGGCAUCGUUACCUAAACCAGAAGCGCUUGUUGCUCCCACGUGUCUCACGCCUUCGAUCGAAGUGCAACCAGAAAAGGUUGAGAAGUAUGUAAACGCAUCAUCACAAACAUCGGCGUUACCCUGCCAGCCAUCGGCGAUGUCUCCUCCCAUUGAGCAGCCUGGAUCAGCUUCGACGCCUUCCAUUAGUGUGGGAAGCACUUCGGCCAAGCGCCGGUUGGACUGGGAUGUGCGUGCCUCGGAUAAGCGGUCCAGGAACGAGGCUGUGGCCAUGGAUGUGUCGCCACCCUCAGGAGAACUCCAGUCGGAGGGGUCGGCGCGCCGAUCCAAAUCAAAGGCGAAAAACGACCAUGCUCGCCGCUCAAGUUCUAAUGAGCAGCCAUUGCCCACAACCUCUUCUUCACGCAGUCCCAAAAUCACGCCAUCACAGCCUGCAUCCAUUGAUCCGGACGCCAUUGUUUUGUCCGGACAUACGGCCGAAGUGUUUGUCUCUGCAUGGAAUCCCACAGUGCCUGAUCUCCUUGCUAGUGGUGCGGGUGAUGGCACUGUGCGGAUUUGGGACAUGGCCUCUCCUCAUGAUCCCCCUGUCGUAUGCAAGCACUUACCCCCUACGCAGGCCAAGAAUGUCUCGUCCGUUGCUUGGAAUCCCGAUGGCACACUACUCGCGUCUGGAUCCUACGACGGCAUUCUACGAUUAUGGACUCCGCAAGGUGACUUGCAUUUGGUCAUGUCGAUGCACCAGGGACCAAUUUUUUCCGUGCGCUGGAAUCGUAAAGGUAACUUGUUGCUGACAGGCAGUGCGGAUGGCUCCGCAAUUGUGUGGGACGUUAGCAGCGGACGCACUCGGCAGCAAUUCAGCCUGCACGCUGACAAUGUGCUGGAUGUGCAAUGGCUCACCGGCCGGACCGAUGAGAAAGUUGCACACCCGAAUCAGGCUCUAGCCGAUAGUCUGUUUGCGACGUGUUCCGCCGAUAACACUGUGCACGUAUGCAAACUUGGUGAACCGAAACCUAUCAAGACAUAUUCGAGACAUAAGGAUGAAGUCAAUGCGAUUCGUUUUGACCCAUCGCAGACGCUCUUGGCCUCUGCGUCUGAUGACGGCUCCGUUCACAUAUGGGCCCUAUGUGUGAGUGGUCUAGCAAUGGCCACAUCAGUUGUACAGAAUGAUGCUGAUCCGCUCCAUGUGCUUCGCGGACACACUCAGGAAGUGUAUGCGCUUGCAUGGAAUUCCACAGGGCCUGGUUCAUCGCACGUUGACCAGCCUCGAAUGCUUGCCACGGCCAGUUUCGACCAUACUGCUAGAAUUUGGCAUGGUGAUACUGGUGCAUGUCUUCGCAUCAUUGAUGGACAUGAAAUGAGCGUGUAUGCGAUUUGUUUCAGUCCAUGCGCACGCUAUCUGGCUACAGGCGGUAUCGACCACCGCGUUCUUAUCACACGCAUACUAGAUGCACACAGCAAAUACACAUAUAUGGGAGAUGGCGCCGUAAUGGAUCUAUCGUGGAAUAAACAGAACUGUACGGCCGAGAAAACAGAGCAUGGUGAACGGUCCGUUUCGGCUUCGUCAUCAACGCAUGCAACGUCCUUACCACGGAUUUCUGUCGCACUGACGGACAAGCACUUGGUGAUAUUAGAACCACGUGGCCUCACGUGA